CCCCCUUAGCGAAUUCGCCUAUAAGUGUACGAUACGCGCGUUCGCUGCGCGUUUAGAGAACACACGCCGAUUCGCAGCCGAAGGCGUGAGUACAUGGUGAGAUCCCUCCCACGCACAUACAAUGGAAUACGAGGCAAGGGAGCUGGAAAAGAAGGCCGAACAGCUAAACAAGAAGGGGUUCCUCUCUUCCUUUUUUGGGGCCGACAACACGGACGAAAUGAUCAACUGCUACAAUUUGGCGGCCAACAAGUACAAGCUGUGCCACAAAUGGAAGGAGGCCACCGCGUGCAUCCUGAAGAACGCCGUGCUGCACAGAAACAACAACGAGACGAGCUACUGCGCGAAUGCGUACUUGGAAGCGGGGAAUAUAGCCAAAAAAUAUGACAAAAUGGAGGCCAUAAAAUAUAUCGAAGAGGCCGUCAACAUGUACGCAGCCAUUGGACGCUUCUCCAACUGCGGGAAGUGCGAAAAAAACGUGGCGGAAAUUUACGAAGAUCUGUACGAAUAUGGCAAUGCGUCCAAGUACUACAAAAAAGCGGCGUACUACUUCGAAAUGGACGAGUAUUCCAAGUCCGUCUACACGCAGUGCAUCGUGAAGUACGCGGAGUUGAGUUCGCAGUACAGUGGGCAGUAUGAGGAGGCCAUCUCGAUCUUCGAGAACGAAGCGGAGAAGGCCCUGAAGAGCACACUGCUGCAGUACGGCGCGAGGGACUACUACAUAAAGGCAGGCAUUUUGCACAUCGUGCUGGGGGACCUGGUGAACGCGAAAAUCUCCAUCGACAAGUAUUGCAUGAAUGACCCACGUUUUUUAAACUCGAGGGAGAAAAUGUUCCUGGAGAAUAUCAUCGAGGCGGUGACAGAACAGGACGUGGAAUACUUCGAGGAGGUUGUGCACGAGUAUGACCGCAUCACCAAGCUGGACAAUUGGAAGGUGCACUUCCUUUACCACGUGAAGUCGAAGAUGAAUGCGGAGCCGAAUGUCGAGUUGACGGCGGAUGGGGCGGUGGACCUGACGUAG